AUAAAAUUUAAAAGGCAUUUAGAGUGCCACCUAGGAUUUGGGGUUUUUUUUAAUUAAUAUAAAAUUAAGGUUCUAAUUUUUCAAAUGCUUCUCAAUUAAUAUAUAGGGGAUUUUACGUAGUCAAUGAUUAGUUGGUAAAUAAAUAUAUGCAUAUAAUACUUGAGUAUUUAAUUUGUCAAUUGAAUACAUGAAGAAUUAAACUGUUGAUUUCAAAUACUUUAGAAAUAAAAUGCCCUAAUAGAAUCUUGUUUUUUUUUUCCUUAGCUGCGAGUCUGACAGUAAGAGCAUGAUUAUCUGGGGUCCUUAGUGGGUUUCUUAGUGCGUGGGUCCCCACAAAAUCCUUAAGGAUCGGUUACAAAAACUACUAAUUAAGAACCGAUCUUAGUGAGUUUCUUACACUUUUCGCGGGCCCCACUGACACGUGGCGGCCCGCGAUUGGUUUGCUUUUUAAUUUUUUUUUUUUUUUUUAAACUAAGAAACCCAUUCGGUUUCUUAGGGAUAAUCAUGGCCUAAGUAUUCUUGUGGUGUUGGGGGUCGUAGCAUUUUUUAUCAGAAAGAGGAAAACAUCAAAUGCUCAGAGAAGAAAAACCCUCAAGGCUCUUACCCUGCUGAAGCAUUAUCACUACAAUGAAGUGAAGAGGUUUACAAACUCAUUUGCUUGUGUAGUUGGGAAAGGAGGAUUUGGAACUGUUUACAAAGGAAACCUUCCUGAUGGCCGUAAGGUCGCGGUGAAGGUUUUGAAGGACUCAAAGAGCAAUGGUGAAGAUUUCAUCAACGAAGUCGCCAGUAUGAGCCAAACAUCUCAUGUCAACAUUGUUUCUUUGGUUGGAUUCUGCUAUGAAGGAUCAAAAAGAAUGAUUGUUUAUGAAUUUCUAGAGAAUGGGUCUUUGGAUCAAUUUAUAUCCACAAACGCGGCCUCAUCAAUUGCUGAAUGGAGAAGAACGCUUUACGAUAUUUUACUAGGAGUUGCUCGUGGUCUUGAGUACUUGCACUACGGCUGCAAAACAAAGAUUGUGCAUUUCGACAUUAAACCGCAGAACGUGUUGUUGGAUUGCAAUCUUUGCCCCAAAGUUUCUGACUUUGGCCUCGCUAAGCUCUGCGAGAAAAAAGAGAGCAUCAUGUCACUGUUGGACACAAGAGGCACGAUAGGGUACAUUGCGCCAGAGAUGAUCUCCAGAGUUUAUGGUGGUGUGUCUCACAAGUCAGAUGUCUAUAGCUAUGGAAUGCUGGUACUUGAGAUGAUUGGUGCAACAAACAAAGACACUGUCGAAAACCCUACCUCAAACACUAGCUCGAUUUAUUUCCCAGAUUGGAUUUAUAAUGAUCUUGAAAAUGAACAACAGAGUAGGCUUUAUGGGGAUGAUGACCUAACCAAAGAAGAAGAAGAAAUCACGAAGAAGAUGAUCUUGGUGGCUCUGUGGUGUAUCCAAUCUUAUCCAUCGAAUAGACCAUGCAUGAAAAGAGUUGUAGAGAUGAUGGAAGGAAGUUUGGAUGCUCUUGAAGUCCCUCCUAGGCCUGUUUUUCAAGUUCCCAUUGCGCCUCUUCAAGAAUCUUCCACAGUUUUGAGGGAUAUUUCGGUUUACAUAGGCUUUAAUUGGUAGAAGGGAUGAUAAAGCAAUAGCAGUAUGCUAUAUAAACAGUAAGCUGCGAAAAUUGUAUGUUUUAAUUAAACUAUAUUUAAAAGAAUAUUUGGUAGAACAGUAUGAACAUGUUAUU